GCACGACUUGCUCUUUGGAUUUUGAGUCUCUCUUCCUCUCGCAGUUCCUGCCUCUGGCCAUGUCGGAAACCGCGCCUGCCGAGACGGCUGCCCCGGCGCCGGUGGAGAAGUCACCUGCCAAGAAGAAGGCGACCAAGAAAGCUGCGGGCGGUGGCGCGGCGAAACGCAAGGCCACCGGCCCCCCGGUAUCAGAGCUGAUCACCAAGGCGGUCGCCGCCUCCAAGGAGCGCAACGGCCUCUCCCUGGCCGCGCUCAAGAAGGCGCUGGCGGCCGCCGGCUACGACGUGGAGAAGAACAACAGCCGCAUCAAGCUGGGCCUCAAGAGCCUGGUGAGCAAGGGCACCCUGGUGCAGACAAAGGGCACCGGCGCCUCGGGCUCGUUCAAGCUCAACAAGAAGGCGGCCUCCGGGGAGGCCAAGCCUAAAGCCAAAAAGACGGGCGCGGCGAAGGCCAAGAAGCCCUCCGGGGCCACCCCCAAGAAGCCAAAGAAGGCUGCGGGAGCCAAGAAGGCGGUGAAGAAAACUCCGAAGAAGGCGAAGAAGCCCGCAGCUGCCGGGGUCAAGAAGGUGGCCAAGAGCCCCAAGAAGGCCAAGGCCGCCGCCAAGCCCAAGAAGGCGGCGAAGAGCCCAGCCAAGCCCAAGGCUGUGAAGCCGAAGGCGGCCAAGCCCAAAGCCGCCAAGCCAAAGGCAGCGAAGCCCAAGGCUGCCAAGGCGAAGAAAGCGGCCCCGAAAAAGAAGUAGGAAAUUGGCCUUUGAGAAGGCAGCAAAACCCCAAAGGCUCUUUUCAGAGCCACCCAGAGAUUUCUGAAAACAGCUGUACGCUCAGGUCGAACCCUUAAUCUUGAACAAUUGCGUCAGCCAACACUGCGUGUUGUUAAACCCUGCAUCUGCUUCCCCCUUCCCCUUUCAGUUUUUCUCUCGAUUCCACUUGCAAAGAACAUUUGGACUGAAUUUCAUUCAGCCCCUUGUGUGGAUUACUCACGACUUGAUGGAUGGGUC